GAAAUCGUUGUAUCAAAUUUUCUAUCCUUUAGUGGAUCGAACGAAAAAUCCAGUGACUUUAUCGUUCUAGACUAACUAACUUAUUUCGUUUCGACAAAGUACCGACUAAUUUGGAGAUUGUGAUUCAUUUCGAAGUGAAAUAAUAAUUGAUUGACUGUGUUCGAUAAACAGUCAAUGAAUUAUUUUAAUUAUUCUCGUGUAUUUAUAUUUGCACUGUGUUGCCUCGUCGAAAUACGUAUAUCUUCGAUUUUACUUUCUGUUGUUGACAUCACCGGCAAUUUGAAAUGUCCUAGGAUGAUAGAAAAACAAAAGCAGGAAGAGAGGAAAGGAGGAGGUAAAGGAGAAUGUUGUGAAGAGAGAGGAAAAAACAAAGUCCACACAUGAUAUGACCCAGUCUCAUGAGGUUUUGGCAAUGAUGGAUGCACACACAACAACAUUCGGACGAACGAAAGGCUGCACGAUCUCUCGUUGCGGUGCUUUCCUUCUCGGUGCCUUUUUUCUCAUUUCUUUGGUGGUGACCGGGCUGUUGGUUUAUCAUUAUGCUCCCUGCCUUGAAGAAAAAAUUAAAUCGUGCGAAACUUCUCUAAAUAAUUUUGAUUAUCCAUCUGGAAGGGCAUUUUCUGAUAACUCGGCAAGCAAAAAGAAAAUCGACGUCAGAUUACCGAAAUCGAUUGUACCGGAUUCUUACGAGUUACGACUGGUACCCUUCAUAUGGGAGGGAAAUUUCACUUUCAACGGUGAGGUGACUAUCGUAGUGAACGUAACGGAAAAUACGAAAAAUGUAACCCUUCAUGCGACCGACAUGAAGAUCGACGAGUCCCUUACAAGUAUACGAGAAUUCUCUCUGUCCAAUAAUAGAACAAAGCCGAUCACAAUUGUCGAGCAAAAGAACGACACCGAAAGGCAAUUUCAUGUGAUUAAAACGUCGGACACGUUGAAGGAGGGUAAGCAAUACGUGGUGCAUCUCAAGUUCGUUGGCCAGCUGAACGACUACCUUCAAGGUUUCUACAGAAGCUCCUAUACCGUCGGCAAUCAAACGAGAUGGAUUGCCACGACACAAUUUCAAGCAACGGACGCUCGCCGUGCCUUUCCCUGUUUCGACGAGCCAGCUAUGAAAGCCAAAUUCCAGAUCAGCAUAGGUCGGCCCAGAAACAUGACGUCUAUUUCAAAUAUGCCAAGGAAAGGACAACCCGAGCCAAUGCCUGGUCUUCCUACGUACGAGUGGGAUCAUUACGAGCAAUCCGUACCAAUGUCUACUUAUUUGGUAGCUUUUAUAGUUUCCGACUUUGAAAUGUUAAAAUCGGAGUCUCGAAACUUUAGUGUCUGGGCGCGCAAGGAGGCCAUUAACCAAUCUCAUUACAGUUUGGAUAUCGGCCCGAAAAUACUUGAAUAUUAUGAGGAUUACUUCAAGAUAAAGUUUCCUCUUCCAAAAAUGGAUAUGGUUGCGUUACCUGAUUUUUCAGCCGGAGCUAUGGAGAAUUGGGGAUUGAUCACUUACAGAGAAACGGCGAUGUUAUAUCAAGAGCGAGUGUCAACAAGUAGCAAUUUGCAAAGAGUAGCAACAGUGGUGGCUCACGAGUUAGCCCAUCAAUGGUUUGGAAAUUUGGUUACACCAAGUUGGUGGUCGGAUCUUUGGCUAAACGAAGGCUUUGCCAGUUACGUCGAAUACAUCGGAAUGAAUGCGGUAGAACCAACGUGGAAGGUUUUAGAACAAUUUGUGGUUAACGAUUUGCAAUCCGUCUUUGGAUUAGAUGCUUUACAAUCUUCUCAUCCUAUAUCGAUAGAAGUUGGGCAUCCGGAUGAGAUCAGUGAAAUUUUUGAUAGAAUUUCCUACGAGAAAGGUGCUUCUAUCCUAAGGAUGAUGGACCAUUUUCUUACGACAGAUGUUUUCAAACGAGGACUUACAAAUUAUUUAACCGAAAAAGCUUAUCAAAGUGCCGAGCAAAACGAUUUGUGGAAUGCGCUUACGAAACAAGCUCAUAAAGAUAAAGUUUUGGAUCCUUCUAUUACGAUCCAACAAAUUAUGGAUACGUGGACCCUUCAAACUGGUUUCCCUGUUGUUACCGUAACGCGAAAUUAUCUAAAUGGUGAUGCUACUCUCACCCAGGAACGCUUCAUGCUACAAAAUAGUACUAUGAUUACUAUGAUGGAACCUGAACCACUCUGGUGGAUUCCUAUUACAUACACGAACGAAAAGGAAUUAAAUUUCAACCGAACUCAGCCCAAUCAUUGGAUGAAAGCAGAACGUUCGAUCAUUUUGCCAAAUUUAAAUACCAGUGCACAUCAAUGGAUGAUUUUCAACGUCUUGGAAACUGGUUACUAUCGAGUUAAUUACGAUAGGACGAACUGGCAAUUGAUAAUAAAACAAUUGAAUAAGGAUAAUUUUAGAGAUAUAUCGACAAUUAAUAGAGCUCAGUUGAUCGAUGAUGCUCUUAAUUUAGCCAGAGCAGGUAAGCUCGAUUAUGCAAUUGCUUUAGACGUUACUUCUUAUUUGGCACACGAAAGCGAGUAUUUGCCUUGGAAAGCUGCUCUGACUGCAUUGAAUUAUUUAGACGAUAUGUUGAUAAUGUUACCUGGUUAUGAUAAGUUCAGGAUUUAUACUUUGAAGCUUUUGGAUAAUGUAUAUAAGCAAGUUGGCUUUACGGACAAGCCUGGUGAUCCGCAACUAACAGUAUUUACGAGGAUAGACGUUCUUAAUUGGGCAUGUAGUUUUGGCCACGAUGAUUGCGUUGAUAAUGCAGUUAAUCAAUUCUACAAUUGGCGUAAAAUGCCCGAUCCGGAUACAAAUAAUCCAAUUUCACCAAAUUUGAAGAGUGUGGUCUAUUGUACCGCUAUACGAGCGGGUAGUCAAGUCGAAUGGGAAUUUGCUUGGCAAAGAUAUUUAAAUACCAAUGUGGGUUCCGAGAAGGACUUACUCUUACAGGCCCUUGGAUGUAGCCGAGAAGUUUGGAUCUUGAGUAGAUAUUUGGAUUGGGCGGUUACAGAGAAUUCUGGCAUUAGAAAGCAAGACGCGACGAGAGUCUUUGGAUCUGUAGCUAGAAACAUUAUAGGUCAUCCGCUAGCCUUCAAUUAUCUCAGAAAUAAAUGGGCCCGUCUAAGAGAAUAUUUCGGUACUUCUUUAGUUUUGAUAAACAAUAUCGUCAAGUCAGCGACUAGAGGCAUCAACACGAAGUACGAACUUAAAGACUUAAUCGAUUUCAUAACGGAGAACAAAGAGGAACUUGGCAGUGCAACCAGAACCGUUCAACAGGCUGUAGAGCAAGCUGAAGCAAACAUAAAAUGGUUAGACAAUAAUUACGCGACGAUACGCGAUUGGUUGCAAAGAAACACAGCGUAACUUGGGUCAAAUUAUUAUUAAAAAUAUGAUAUAUCGAUCAUCAUUCGAUAUCUCGUUUAAAAUUGAGGAUUUGCGAGAUACAUUGUUAAAUCUUUGAAACAGUAGAACAUUCUAAACAUCUCCGCAAUUCGCAUCUCUCUUACUCUAGUUAAACGUAUGCUACUCAAAAGAAAAUUUGUCGAAUUAAAUAAGUUCGCAAGAGAGUAUAAUAUGUAAGCGUUUUUAUAUGUAUCUGUAAAUAUGUGCGCGAUAUUAAUAUGUGUAUUAUACAAAUAACAUUUAGAAUAUACGUCAAUGUGGAUAUAAAAGAGGCUGAUGAUUUAUGAAUAAUCGUGAAACAUAAUAUGAAAUAAAUAGUAAAGCAAUGAAUGAUUGUUGAAAAAACAUAGUAUAUCAUUAGCCACAGUA